CCGAGCAAUAUACAUGUUUUGGUGGCUGUCUGGCAAUGUAAUUUGCAUCAACCAAAGUGUGUAGUAUAGAUGUGGCCUAAAGCUCCUUUAAAGUGAGUAUAAAUGUAAUUAUGUUUGUCUUUAAGGCCCCUUUAUUCUGCCAGAGUGGCAUAAAAGAGCCUUAAUGUGUAUGAAAAUCAAAAUCCAUUUCUUUGUAGUUAAAAUCUCAAGCUAGUGUUAUAUUCAGGUUUUUAUUGUUUUGAUUUGGGAUUUUUUGCAUACAAUUAUUUCUUGCUUGGGUGUGUAUUACAAUAGGUACCAUGCACUUUUGUUACAUAAUAACACGAGCUACUAUAUACAGUUCAAACCAGGUUUUGUCAAAAACGUUUCAGUUGUGUUUUCUUUUUUUUUCUUUUUUUUUUUAUGAACCUGUGGUAGUUUUGGAUUCAUGGUGUUUAGGAAUGUUGUUAUUCACCAAAAUGUCUUUAAUUAUGAUGCUUUACAUUUUCUUGUGGGUUUUUUUUAAGAAAGCACAAUAAUAUGGAAUGCUUUUAUUUUUACAUUCCAACAUUAUUUUUAUUGUUUUAUUAAAACCUGUACCACCAAAUGUAGUGCAUCCGACUAGGUUAGUAUCUCUUUAAAGAGUUUGUGAGCCCUCUAGUGGUACUCACUGUGUUACAUGUUUUCAAAAGCCACCAGAAACCAGUCAGUGCAGAGGUAUGGGUGUAGCUAUGCUUUGCAUGUUUGUGUAUAUGUAAUAAGCACAGUUAUUUGGGAUCAUGCUGUGCUGUGUUGUUUCAUAUUGUUUUGUUGUGGGAAGAGCAAAAACCACCGUACUGAACCAGAGCACCAAGAACCUCCCAAAACAGAACUUGCAAAACGUCUAAAAUGUUCAGUACAAUGUUUUAGUUUAUCAGUUUUUCCAAUUACAAAUGUUCUACUUACAGACUCUCAUACAAAAACUAAAGACACUUUAGGCAGCCAUAUUAUGAGACCCCACCUGAAUUGUUCUUCAUUUUACAGCCCCUCCAGCUAUCAGCUCCCAACCUUCUUAGGUGCCUGCAAGAUAAAUUGGGCUUUGCAGCAUGCAAUGGUGCGAAAUCUAGGCACUAAUGGACCAAGGAGGGAAGCAAAUUCCCGAGCCAAGGGCCUCAAAUGGGGAGUUCCCUUCUUAUUUCUGAGCUACCAAAGAUUUUGGAGGGGGUUUGACUCAUCUCCACUAACAUAUAUGAAAAAAUAAAGUAUUUAAAGAUUUGAAGAAGAUAAUGAGAAAUAUAUGGUCCAUCUGAAUAGAUAUCAAAUAGCACUUCUAACUGUGAAAGCUAGAACAUUUUUUCUCAAACACAUUUAACUCUGCUACUAUUUAAUGCAUCCGUGUUUUGAGGUUAUUAAAUACAAGCUAAUUAAACUCCAUGAGCAGUUAUCCAAAGAGGCAGAUUUUAAAUUAACUAACUGUAAUAUAAAUCAGUGUAAAAAGGGAAGUGUAUAUUUAAGUGCAGCUGUGAUUGUUUUCUGUUGUAAAAUGCUGAGAUUUACUUUUGAUUCUCUAGAGCACACAGUGUGACAGUGAGAUCAAAAUCUUCUUCCCACAUUAUCUCAAUACAGGGCAUAUGUGCAGGAGAGACGUGGCAUGGGUCUUUUCUAUGGCCACUACUGCUCUGCCUCCCUCCCCUCACAACCCCUUUCAGCCAGAGGAUUGGCAUAGCCUUGAAUGCUCCGAUCUCAUUCCAUGUAAACCCUAUCUCCAUGCAGGGAGCCUACACAGAACUAAGUUCCAUUGUGUGUAUAGGAUCUGAAUCCCUGAAGCAGCACAGGGAAUCCUGACCCAUCCGUGGAAUAGAAUGACAUUUGUUCUGCUCUGUCCAGGGCCUCAUGGGAGAUGGGCUGGGGGUGGGCAGGAUUGGUUUCUAAAUUAACAAAGAGCAGUGUACCAGUCACAGCAGAGGACAUGGCAUUCUCAGCACCCCUUUUCUCCAAAAGCAAAAUGACCUUGAACUAUAGAAUCUUCACAUCUAGAUUAGACUUGCUCCUCAUGUUUCAUAUAUGCUACCAAAAACGGUUUUCUCCUUGUUUACAGAAAUAAACAUAGUUUUAAAUUCCCUCUCUUAUGCUGGGUUUCUGACUAAUUUUGAAGAUUUGCGCAGCAUACCUCUUUCCUGAAUGACAAUGUGCUUAUUGGGUGGUUCUAAGAACUACUUGGUAUUACCCAAACAGCUCUGAUAGCAAUUCAUAAAACCAGAAUGUGACAUGCAGGAGGAUGCUUGCAAAUAUACAAGAGGGUCUUUACAUUACAUUUAGAAAAUUAAAGUAUUUGUAUCGAGAUUAUGUAGCAGAACCCAAAAAAGUGAAAGAGGAAAACUGUAAUAUGCAUACUUGGUUUGUGUGUUUUUCUCUAGGAAAGAAGUACCAGUAAGUGAAGCAAGGAUUUAUGAUAUAAAAUUGCAGGGCACAGUUAUCCACCAAUAAGUGUCAGUUUAAUGAUGGCACCAUUUUGUAUGUAAAUGUCUGUAUGAAUUUGAGUUAACCAUUUCAGGCCAGGAAGAGUAUUCUAGUCUCUUAGGGAAAAUUGUGCCCUUCCACACAACAAGGAAAUUAGAUGGAAAAUUCUAUAGCUUCACAGCCACAGAAUUCCACUAGUGGGAGAGAGAUGGGCUGUGCCCCCUCCUGGUCUUCUGGCGUGGGCAGGUGACGUUACCCGUCCAAACUGAAGACAUCCCGAGUGCUAUAAAAUAAAUCCAGAUGUCAGGGCAGCGACUCCAGGUCAAAAUGUAUGCAUAGAAGGCCAUUUCCUCCACCAUCACUUCCCAUGAUUCCCUCCAUGGCAGCACAGCUUUCUAGUGAGCGAUGCUCCCACUACUUUCCAAUCCAUGCUUCAGGGAAAUCUCUAUUCUCUUAUGGUCUACAUAAGAACGGCUAUACUGGGUCAGACCAAAGGUCCAUCUAGCUCAGUAUCCUGUCUUCCGACAGUGGCCAAUGCCAGGUGCCCCAGAGGGAAUGAACAGAACAGGUAAUCAAGUGAUCCAUUCCCUGUCACUCCUUCCCACCUUCUGGCAAACGGAAGCUAGGGACACCAUUCCUGCCCUGUCUAGUCUCACUUUUUAUUAUUAAAUAAAUAGUAUAUUUUGCAUUGAAAGAGUGUUAAAUUAAUUGUGAAGUUCUUUGAGUAUGUAUUAAGCACAAUAAAAAUAAAUAAAUUAAUAAAUACAUCAGUGAUUGUGCUGAGAACAGUUUUCCCCAUGCCCUGUCUUCUUCCCACCCAGUCACUCCCUCUUCCAAAACCAAGGAAGUGUACCUCUGAAGAGACUGCAUGUGUGUGUGUGAUGAUGAUGAUGAUGAUGCCCCUUAAAUAACAUUUCUGAAGAUGUUUCAGUCUUCUCUUGCCUUUUAUUACUCUCCAGGAGAGUCAGCAGCUCACUUGAUAACAUCCUUGAGGUAGCCGUGGGAGAUGUUUUCAAAAGUAGUGUAUGUUACCAAUAUUAUAAUUCUUGUAUAACAAAUUUACUUGCCUCUUUCUGUCUUCUUAAUUAUUUUCCAGUUUUUAACAAAUUCCUUUGCUUGGUCCCUCCUCAGAUAAGUGUUAGAAUAUUAUAGUUCACUGAAUGGGCUGUAAAGGGGGACACUGAUUGCAUAAUGUGGUUAUCAGCUUUGCUAAAAAACCCUAAUGGUAAUAUUUUUCUUGUCCUAAUCACAGAGAUGAUGGUGUCUCUUUGGUGUUUCUCUGUUGUUUAUUUAGCUAUAAUGUGAAAGAGAACCCCACCUUUUCAUGUGUGUCUCCAAAUUAGAUUGGAGUUAGCUCUUCAGUAGGUCUGAUUAUUAAAUUUAUAUGCAAUCCUUUUACACAAUAUAAAAGUAAUAAGAACAAAGUAUAUGACUAGCUGACAUACAGUUUCUUCAGUGUUUCAGUUCAUGUUGUGCUAAUUCACCUUGAUAUUUCAGAUAAUUUUAGACUUUGAUAAUAGUUCCCUUAAAAAGCUCUAUAUUAUUGAUUUUCCUUUAACAGUGAAUAAAGAUAAUAUGUACAAAAUACUACUUUUCUGGUUGCUGUAAGAGUAAAGGAGUGCAAGAAGAAACUUGUAAGAAAUAUAGUCUAGUAAUAACAAAUUUCUCAACAUGAUGAGAGGCCUGAUCCAGUGCCCAGAGAAGUCAGUGGAAGGACUCCCAUUAAAUUCCAUGGGCAUUGGAUCAGUCAGGCCUUAAAACAAAAGGAAUUUGUGCCAUGUCCCUUCUCUGACAUGUCUUUUUAGAACUUGACCUGAUUUUUGCAGAUUUAGGCCUGAUUAUGCAAAACGGAUAUAGCUGUCUUCCUGUAUUCAAGGGUUGCAUUCUUCAACCUUCUAAAGAAAAUAAAAUGUGAUCUGGCAUUUUCUCCUGCAUUAAAUGAAGCCCUGUUAAUAUUUACUUUGAAUAGGUGUUUGCUUAAUGCAGUUAUUGUGGAACACAUUCCAACUUGUCCAAAGAAUGAUGUUUCCAACUGCUGAGUAAAUGACCCUUGAAUUAUGAAGUUAGUUGUUCAGUUUUAGCCAGAGGGAUGAUGCCACUUUCUAUAAAAUUGUGGUAAAUACGUUCCAGGUAUUAAAUACUCAGUGUACUGUUCCAGCAUAACAAAGCCAACCGCAACCUUUGAAAUACGCUUUUUCUUAUUUGUUUUUAUGAGAGAUGAAGUGUUGGACUAUGUCAUAUUGCUAUAGGUUUGCUUUGAAGUCAUAUUUGGCAGGAAACUGUUUUUUGUUUUCUUUAAUUGCCUCACUGAGACUGUUUAUGCUAAGGAGGUACAAUACUUUCCACAAAGAAUAAACUGCAAAUUCAGCACUGAGCACACAAAGAAAACAACAUCCUCAGUUUUGCUUUUAUUUAUUUUUUCCUGUGUUUAUUUUAUAACUUGCUGCACUUUUAUAGGUUACCACUUCACAGUACACCUGUUCUCUGGUUCUGUGUAGUCUCCUUGCCUAUAGAAACUGGCUCCUCUAUGCCAGCAUCCCCUAUUAUUGCACUAAUUUAAUUUCUCAGCUUUCUUUCUUUCUCAGCUGAGCGGUAAUUAUGAAUUUGUAUGGCUACUGCGAUGUAACUUUGAGAAUGCUGUUCUGACAUUUUGGCUGCUGUGCAAAUGCCAUUGUAGCUUUUUUUCUGUUUCUCUGAGCUGCAGAUUUCAGGUGCUGCUGCAGAACUGUUUAAAGUAAUGAAGAUUAUUCUUAUUGAAUACACUCUACUGGGAAAAAAUAUAUAUGUGGAAAGUUGUCACAGUUUCAGUUAAGUAAGCACAAUGGUAUUAAUGAUGUCCUGAUAUGAUUGCCCAUUGUAUUAUCAGCUUUCAGAAUGAUGCCUUCCAGUUGGAAAUGUACUGCAGAAACUAUCCACUGAUGCCCUUUCAGCAGAUGUUACCUCUAAGGACGCCAUACCAUGGCGAGUGAAGUGAUUAUUAUUAGAAAGGGCUACUUUUCUAUGGUUAUGCAAGUGUUGAUGGAUCACCGGGGACACUUUACCAAGAACACGGCAAGCAUGGAGCCCGCUCAGAUCACUUUGGCAAUUAGGAUCACAUUAAAUGCUACACGCAUUAUCCAGCAGUAUACGCAGCACCAGAACCUGGCAAAGCAAAAUCGGCACUGAAUGCAGUGAGCAUCUCUGAGGGGGACUAUCAUGGUGAAAUAUUGUGCAGCAUAUAACUGCAGUAACGUAGACACAAAGUUAAAUCGGAAGCAGGGAAUAACUUUUCAUAGGUUUCCCAAGGAUAAUAAGAAAAAACAGCAGUGGGCCCAGGCAGUACAUCGGGCUGACCCCGUGAGUGGCAAACUCUGGACACCAUCUGAAUGGGACAUGAUUUGUUCUCAGCAUUUCAAUCCUAACUGCUUCAAAGAAAUUAAUGGAAAGAAAUUUUUAAAGGAGGGGAGUUGUCCUUCUAUAUUUUCCUUUCCUGACAAUUUUCAGAGAAUAGGUAAUUCUCUACGGAGAUCAAAAUGUGCUGGCAUAGGUCUAGAAAAUCCUCCUCUCGAGGCAGAUCCCAGUGAGGUGUAUGUUACACCAGCCACAGUAACGAAAACAGCGAACAACCCAAAAAGAUUAACAGAAAACUUCAGCUGUGCUCAUGAGGUAGACACCAAUGGGAUGUGUAAUACACAGGACACAGUAAUGACCGACCACCAUUACCAUAUCACAGACAGUCCAAAAACUCUGAAGAGGAAAUUGGAUGAACUUUUAGCAGAGAAUCACAAGCUCAGAAGAAAAUUAAGGAAUGCUUCUGAUCAAGAAGAGAGACUCCAUAAAAAUGUGGAAAUCUUGUUGGACAAGCUGCACUCUAAAGACAUGUUGUCGAGGGAAGUAACGUGACUGCUAGAUCUGUGCAAAGGGCAUGGGCUGAAUGACAGGUCUUCUCUCCCACUGCACCCAGCUGUUGGAUAAGAAAUGUUCACUAAUGUUUAUUGCUAUACAUGUCAUUUUUGAAUGUAUUUAUUAAAUAAAAAGAUAUGUAAACACUACUGAAGUUUUCAUAUAAAAGCUAGAAACUUCAACGUUAAGAUUGGCACUUGUGUUGUUCAGGGAGCGAAUGUCAGCCUUUUCUUUUAAUCCCUGUCUCUUCUUCAUUUGUCCCACACUGUUAUUUUUUAGAUAUAUAGUUUCAUGGAGGGUGGAUGGGAGUUUUACUUUUUUUUGUUGUUGUUUGUUUUUAAAGUCUUCUGUAGACCUUUACUAAGUGGACAGUAUUUAGCGCCUACGUUAUUCAUUUUUGUCUUUUUCCCCCCUUCUCCAUCUUAUGUCACCUUUUAAGUGCAUUAAUUUCUAGAGAUGCAAUGGUGUCAUUGCAACAGCCAUCCACAAGUGCACUAUAAAGUCAGUUUACAUAAUGGAUUGAAAUAUAUACUUUUUCUUUUUCUUGGAAAGAUCGGCAUUUGCAUUAACUAUCAUGUUAAAUCCUGUGAUCACGCGUAGUAAAGGGUGUGUGUGGGGUGUGUGUGUAUGGAUAGAUGCAGACUUAUUCUAGUCCAUUGUAUCAAUAUAUAUUUCUGCUGUCUAUAUAGCAUGCUAAAAUUGAACAUAUUAAAAUUCAUUAUGAAAAAUAA